AUGCGCCCGUCCCUGGCCACAGCGGUCCUACCACCCAGGACCCGCUCCCACAAUCCACCCAACCUGGCUGUGGGGGUUCGGGAUCACCUGUCAGCUCCAAGAAGGCGCAGCCCCCACCUCCGGCACACCCUUAGCCCAGACAACCUGCGGACCCUGGCAGAGAGGGGUGGGGCUGCUAUUGACUCUGCCUCUGUGAUCAGCAGUCCUAUAGGGCUUGCACGUGCCAACAGUGAUACAGACCUGGUGACCUCCCAGAGUCGCUCCUCGCUUACAGCGUCCACUCUGGAGUACACGCUGAACAGGGGUCAGAACCUCGUCAUAUCUUGGGACAUCAAGGAGGAAGUGGAUGCUACCGACUGGAUCGGGCUGUACCACAUAGAUGAAACCAAUCCAUCCAAUGUGUGGGACUGUAAGAACAGAGGGGUGAAUGGCACCCAGAAAGGUCAGAUUGUGUGGAGACUUGAGGCUGGGCCCUACUUCAUUGAGCCUGAGACCAAGAUCUGUUUUAAGUACUACCAUGGAGUGAGUGGAGGCCUGCGAGCCACUACCCCCUGCAUCACUGUGAAGAAUCCAGCCAUCCUGGUGGAGGGGCUGGCAGAGCAGGUGGGCAACGAACAUCCUCGGAAACUGAUCAGCUUCACAUUGACAGAUUUACGUGCCAGUGGUCUAAAGAAGGGCAUGUUUUUUAAUCCGGAUCCAUACCUGAAGAUGUCCAUCCACCCAGGGAAGAGGAGCGUCUUCCCCAUCUUCAGUCAUCAUGGACAGGAACGACGAUCAGCCAUCAUAGCUAACACCAUCAACCCUCUCUGGCAUGGAGAGAAAUACACAUUUGUAGCUCUAAUGACAGACAUCCUGUAUAUUGAGGUAAAGGACAAGUUUGCAAAAAGCCGACCAAUCAUCAAACGCUUCCUCGGCCAGCUGACUAUCCCUGUGCAGCGGCUAAUUGAAAAGAUACCUGGUGUCCAGCCUGUAAGUUUAUCUCUGUGUCGGCGCCUGCCCACUGAACAUGUAAGUGGUCAGUUGCAAUUCAAAGUGGAGCUCACCUCAACUGGGCCUGAUGGUGCUUCUCCUGAUUCUAUCAUUGGCAUUUCAUCCUUAAAUGGAGCACCAGGGACUCCAUCUGAUGACGAGGACCUGCCACAUCACCUUCCAGGAGUGGUUUCUGUGGGACUCUCACCUACCGGCUCCCAGGGCUCACAGGGCAUGUGGGAAAGUGGGGCCUGCGCAGAAAAGGACCUGUCUUUUAUGGGCGCUGCGGCUAGAUUUGUGGGGCCUGAACGCCUGUUGGGCCAUGCAAUGCUCCAAAGAUCAUUCAGUGAGGGCCUUGAUGCUAUUGAGGCCCCUAAGGGUCCUGGUGAAAGACCCUUGGGUGCAGCCUCACCCAAACUGCGCUCUAGCUUCCCCACACACACACGUCUCAGUGCAAUGUUGCACAUAGAUUCAGACGAAGAUGAUGACAGGUCGGGGGCCAAUGACAUCACUCCAAUACCGCUCUCACCGCUACUGAUGAAUGGAGAAGCUUCAGAUGUUGACGGCCCAGAUGAUGAUGACGCGUUUCUGGAGUUCCAACAGCCUGAGCAGCUGGAGCCCUCCUUGCUUGAAGAGGAGCCUGACGGUGCAGAUGCUGUGAUGGAUGACUCAGCGCCUGAGGUGGAGGGGGAGACAGGUCUUGACUUGGGGGAUGUUUUGGACCUAGAUGUAUUUUCUGAGGUAGAGGAGGGUCCAUUUACAGAGGCUGUGUCCCAUAAUGCUUUGCUAGAGGGUGUAGUGAUACUUGAGGAAGAAAGGAUGCCUGGAGAGGAACCCUCAUCAGAGAUUGACACCUGCUCCAUGGCAACAGCCCCACAGACAGUCGUCUCAUCAUCAGAGAGCUGUCCGGUCACCCUGACCACAGCUGUGGAAGCGGAGGAGGGAGCAGAGACAGCCAUAGAUCCAGGGGGACAUCUAGUUUCCAGCACCUCACCAAUCCCGCAAGCUGUGGAUGAUGAAGGGGGUGGGCGAGCUGAUGUCACUGAGGCUGAAGGAGAAGCUCCGGCAGCCAGCGCGCCGGAAGAGGUUGAGGAACUCAAUGUAAGGAGGCUCAGCCUCCAGGCUGCAGGGGGCGUGGCUGAAGCACCGGACGGGGAGUCGUCAAAGCCAAAUGAGGAGGCGGGGUCUUUGGAUUCAGAGCAAGAUGGAGAGGAAGCUGCCCAUGUCAACGGCCAUCCUGUACGUUCGCUCCCCUCUGUACGUCAGGACAUCCACCGAUACCAACGUGUGGACGAGCCUUUGCCCCCCAACUGGGAGGCUCGUAUCGACAGCCAUGGGAGAAUUUUCUUCGUGGACCAUGUGAACAGGACCACCACAUGGCAGCGUCCCACUGGACCUCCUGCCCCGCAGGGCCUGACCCGCUCCAACUCCAUUCAGCAGAUGGAGCAACUCAACCGCAGAUACCAGAGCAUCAGAAGGACCAUAACAAACAGUGAUCGGACAGAGGAAAGCCCUGUGGAACCACCACCUGAACCAGAAAGUGAUCUGAUGCCCAUUUCUGAAUACAGACGAGACAGUGCAGUCGCUCACGGCAGUGGUCGCACGCGCCUCUCUCUCCUGCUGCAGUCACCCAGCGCCAAGUUCCUGUGCAGCCCUGAUUUCUUUACCGUGCUGCAUUCAAACCCUAGUGCCUACCGCAUGUUUACGAGCAACACCUGCCUGAAGCACAUGAUCAGUAAGGUGCGGCGGGACGCUCAUUACUUUGAGCGCUACCAGCACAACCGCGACCUCGUCACCUUCCUCAACAUGUUCUCCAACAAGCAGCUGGAGCUUCCCCGAGGGUGGGAGAUGAAACAUGACCAAUCUGGGAAGGCCUUCUUUGUGGAUCACAACUGUCGCUCCACGACCUUCAUCGACCCACGGCUACCCCUCCAGAGUUCUCGCUCGACUGGGCUGCUGGCCCAUCGCCAGCAUCUGAGCCGCCAGCGCAGCCACAGUGCCGGGGAGGUAGUAGACGACUCUCGCCAAACCAACCCGCCUGCCAUGCCCCGCCCCUCCAGCACCUUCAGUGGCUCCAGUCGGAGUCAGUUCCCCGAUGUGGUGCCUGUCGCCUACAAUGACAAGAUAGUGGCAUUUCUACGGCAAACCAACAUCAUGGAGAUACUGCAGGAAAGGCAACCCGAGCUCGCCAGGAACCACUCGCUCAAGGAGAAGGUCCAGUUUAUUCGCAGUGAGGGCGUCAGUGGGUUGGCUCGUCUCUCUAGUGACGCUGACCUCGUCAUGCUGCUGAGCUUGUUUGAGGAGGAGGUGAUGUCAUUUGUGCCGCCGUUACUUCACCCAGGUUACUGCAUCUCCUCUCCUCAGAGCUCCCCUGGCACUCAGCGAGCCAAUGCUCGUGCUCCUGCUCCCUAUAAGCGAGAUUUUGAGGCUAAACUGAGAAACUUCUAUCGAAAGCUGGAGACCAAAGGUUACGGCCAAGGACCAGGAAAAGUCAAGCUGACCAUACGCAGAGACCACCUUCUGGAGGACGCCUUUAAUCAAGUCAUGUGCUACUCCCGUAAAGACCUUCAGAGGAGUAAACUCUAUGUCAGCUUUGUGGGGGAGGAUGGACUGGACUACAGUGGACCCUCCAGAGAGUUUUUCUUCUUGGUGUCCAGAGAGCUGUUCAACCCGUACUACGGCCUGUUUGAGUAUUCGGCCAAUGACACGUACACAGUGCAGAUCAGCCCCAUGUCAGCCUUUGUAGACAACCACCAUGAGUGGUUCCGCUUCAGUGGGCGAAUCCUGGGGCUGGCCCUCGUCCACCAGUACCUGCUGGAUGCCUUCUUUACCCGACCCUUCUACAAGGGGCUUCUUCGCAUCCCGUGUGAACUGAGUGACCUGGAGUUCCUGGAUGAGGAGUUUCACCAGAGUCUUCAGUGGAUGAAGGACAACGACAUCGAAGACAUGCUGGACCUCACUUUCACCGUCAACGAAGAGGUUUUUGGACAGAUUACGGAGAGAGAGCUGAAGCCGGGCGGGGCUGGUAUCCCUGUGUCCGAGAAGAACAAGAAGGAGUACAUUGAGCGAAUGGUCAAGUGGCGUAUAGAGAGAGGAGUGGCUCAGCAGACGGAGAGCCUGGUUCGAGGCUUUUAUGAGGUUGUGGAUGUGCGACUUGUGUCAGUGUUUGAUGCCAGGGAGCUGGAGCUGGUGAUUGCAGGCACUGCAGAGAUCGACCUGUCGGACUGGAGGAACAACACAGAGUAUAGAGGAGGUUACCAUGACAACCACAUAGUGAUUCGCUGGUUCUGGGCUGCUGUGGAGAGAUUCAACAAUGAGCAGAGGCUCAGGCUGCUGCAGUUCGUGACAGGCACUUCCAGUAUUCCUUACGAGGGUUUCGCCUCCCUACGGGGGAGUAAUGGACCUCGCAGAUUCUGUGUCGAGAAGUGGGGAAAAAUCACCUCCUUACCCAGGGCUCACACUUGCUUUAAUCGUUUGGACCUCCCACCUUACCCGUCCUUCUCCAUGCUCUACGAGAAGCUGGUCACUGCUGUAGAGGAAACAAGCACGUUCGGUUUGGAAUAACCUCAACACAGCUCACA